AUGUCUUCUAUUAACAGCUCUGAAUCGCUUGCUGCUUCGGGAGGAAAGCCUUCUGUUUCCCACGAGUCCUUGCCCUAUAAAACUGUCACCUACUCCGGAGAAGGCAAUGAGUAUGUAAUUAUUGACAACAAAAAAUACUUGAGGCACGAGUUGAUGGCUGCCUUCGGUGGUACCUUCAAUCCUGGUUUGGCACCCUUUCCUAAGCAUCAGUUUGGUAACGCUUCUGCCCUAGGUAUAGCAGCAUUCGCCUUACCGCUUUUAGUGUUGGGCUUGUAUAAUUUGCAAGCCAAAGACAUUACAAUUCCAAAUAUGAUUGUUGGUUUAUGUUUCUUCUACGGUGGUCUUUGUCAAUUCUUAUCUGGACUCUGGGAAAUGGUCAUGGGAAACACCUUUGCUGCCACUUCCUUCAUGUCAUAUGCCUGUUUCUGGCUCUCUUACGGUGCCUUGUUGACACCAAGCUUUGGUAUUUUAGAAGCAUAUGCUGCUGAUCCAGCUCAAGCAUACCAAGCCAUCGGUCUUUACCUCAUUGGCUGGACGAUUCUCACAGCAAUGUUUCUUAGUUUGACUUUGAAAUCUACUGUGUCCUUCGUUGGUUUGUUCUUGACUUUGUUGCUCGAUUUCGCCCUUAGUGCUGCUGCUUACAUGACCGGCAACAUGACGUAUCUCAAAGUUGGGGGUGGUUUCGGUGUCGUCUGUAGUAUCUUUGGCUGGUACUUGCUUUACCAAGGUGUGGCUGUGAAGCUGAAUGCAUACUUCACAGCUCCUGCUCUCUUACUUCCAGUGUACGGUGGACGCUUUGAAGGAGGAAGUGGUCACUAA